AUGCCAGUGCAAGUAGAGGAAGAUGUAAUGAAGAGGAAUGAAAAUGAAAGGCCAAUUGUGAAAGUCAGAAAGAGAGCCUGCUUGGAGCCCUGGGUUAUCGGCCUCAUCACCUUUAUCUCCCUGAUUGUGCUGGCAGUGUGCAUUGGGCUCAUUGUCCAUUAUGUGAGAUACAAUCAAAGGAAGACAUACAAUUACUAUAGCACACUGUCAUUCACAAGUGACCAGUUGUAUGAUGAAUAUGGAAAAGAAGCUUCGAAAAGUUUCACAGAAAUGAGCCAGAAAAUUGAAUUAAUGGUGAAAAAUGCAUUUGACAAAUCUCCACUGAGAAGAGAAUUUAUCAAGUCUCACAUUAUCAAGUUCAGUCAAGAGAACUAUGGAGUGCUGGCUCAUAUGCUGCUGAUUUUUAGAUUUCGUUCUACUGAGGAUCCUGAGGCCAUGAAUAAUCUUAUUCAGCGUAUUCUGCAUGAAAAACUGAAAGAUGCUGUAGGACCCCCUGAAUUAGACCCUGCAUCAGUGGAAAUUAAAAAAAUCAACAAGACAGAAACAGACAAAUUUCUGAACAACUGCUGUGGGACUCGAAGGAAUAAAACCUCAAGAGAGAGUCUCAGAAUUAUUGGUGGGACAGAAGUGGAAGAGGGUGAAUGGCCAUGGCAAGCUAGCUUGCAAUGGGAUGGGGCCCACCGCUGUGGAGCGACUUUAAUUAAUUGUACAUGGCUUGUGAGUGCUGCUCACUGCUUCAGGAUUUAUAAGAAGCCAGCCAGAUGGACUGCUUCCUUUGGAGUAACAAUAAAGCCUCCAAAAAUGAAACGCAACAUCCGAAGGAUAAUUGUCCAUGAAAAAUACAAAUAUCCAUCACAUGACUAUGAUAUUGCACUCGUAGAACUUACUAGCUCUGUUCCCUACACAAAUGCAGUACACAGAGUUUGUCUCCCUGAAGCAUCACGCCAGUUUCAAUCAGGUGAUGAGAUGUUCGUGACAGGAUUUGGAGCCCUGCAAAAUGAUGGUUAUAGUCAAAAUACUCUUCGGCAAGUACAGGUGGAUUUCAUAGAUACUAAAACCUGUAAUGAACCACAAAUUUACAAUGAUGCUAUAACUCCUAGAAUGUUAUGUGCUGGUUCCUUGAAAGGAAAAAGAGAUGCAUGUCAGGGUGACUCCGGAGGCCCACUGGUCACUUCCGAUGCUAGAGAUAUCUGGUACCUUGUUGGAAUAGUGAGCUGGGGUGAUGAAUGCGGGCAACCCAACAAGCCUGGUGUUUAUACAAAAGUGACUGCCUUCCGAGACUGGAUCACUUCCAAAACUGGUCUCUAA